CAAUUUUCCCUGAGCAAAUGUUUGCCUAAGUGUUACAAGCUAGAUUGGGUUAGAGGUUUUAGAGGACUCUUGAUUCGCCGAGUCGGUAACCCGACUACGAAGUCACCAGCUUUGUCCCCCAGGCGAAUGGAGACGGCGAUGUGUUUACGUCUCUCCAUGGUAACGCCUGGAUCCGGUAGCGCGCGGGUUGGACCAGCAGCCCGGGUUGACUUCAUGACUUAGGACUCGUUUUUAACCCGGCUUUAGUCUCCCCGUGGAAGCCAUGGCGACCGGCGGCUCGGUUGGAGCAUGGUUUCCCACAGGCUACCACGGCCACUUCCGGAGCAAGUCAAGAAACGACUUCUUACAGGAGUUCCGUCGCAGGGCGAGACCUCAGCCGCCGAGCAAGUUCAUCACGCGGAUAAGGGAGCGGCCGACGACACACACGUUCUCACAUCACGACAACAAAAACGCAUUCGUCAACGACGGCUACCAUAUAGCUACAGCGGGUUGUGGACUGAAGAAACCUAAGAAUCCGAACUUAACGGGCUUCAAGACGGAUUUUAUACACUGGAUCCCGCACCGAGACGAGAUCCACCGUGGCGGGCCCAACGCGUCCACGUACCGACAAGACUUCACCAAGUCCGCGGUGCUGUGCCGGAGGGGCACCCGGGAGGACGUCCCACAGAUCCUGGUGGCGGGCGCGACCCGGCGGCCGAGCAGCUCUCUGUCUCAGCUACAGACGACGACGUACAGCUUCGCGCACAGCCACGGGCAGCCCAACACCGAGGUGCUGACGGACAUGAACACGGGCGUGAGGCUGAGGUCCGCCGGGCCGGACUACGUGUCACACGACUACCUCAACAGGACGGGCCGCAUCAGGAGCAGGUCGCUGAACGACGUGCCCACGGGAAGUCUCACGGGACUUCGGCGGGCGCGAGACUUGCACGUGGGUGACUGCCUGAGCUGGCACGUGCCGGACAGACCGCCGCCGCCGGCGGUGCAAAACGCGUGGACGCCCGCCGCCACUCCCGUAACGGUCACCGUCCAGGAACUCUCUCAAACAGCUCCGGCAUAGAUCAGAUAUUCUAAUGACUAUAAUGUAUAGCCUCUACCAGGCUUCGGAAGCGGCUGGAAAGAGCAGAAAUCUCAUCUUCAAUCUUCAAUUUUAGUUUUUACUUUCAACAAUAUUGUUGGUUGAUCAGUAUACUAGUAGGUUGUUAAUGUUUGUGUAAGUGUAGGUAAUGUUAAGGUGUUGAUAGGCUUUACAGUGUAAUAUGUUUGUAACAUGACUCCAGACAGACGAGUGUAGUAUACAUUGCACUCACUAAUGAUCUGAAAAUCUGUCAAUACUAGUAAACAGAUUGGCCACAUACUAGUAGACAGAUAACAUGCCAGGGUGUUGGUCCGCUGAAGGAGUA